AGCAGCAGGAGGAGCGUGCGAUUCCACCGUUUUACCUCAGCGAGGAUGAGCGCCGUGUCGUCCGUGGAUUCGGGAGCAGACGGCGAGAGCGCGAAAAUGAGCCUCUGAAAGAAGGAGCGCGUUACUGUCCGCACAAAGGACGCCUACGCUUCCUCUUCUGCCUGGUUUUACGGCAUUUAUAACUCAACGACGCUCUGCUGCUGACUGUUAGCAGAGGCGGCUAACGACUAACGACGGGUAACGAGUGAAAAGGAAUCACCCCCCCAGCGCAGCUCAGCUGCAGCCGCGGCGGCCGCUUCUUCCUCGCGUUCUUCUGUCCCGUCAGCGCCAGUGAGGAUGGAGAAUGCUGGAUACUGCGACGAGAGCUUUAACAGCCUCCAAAGUGGCACAAGCGAUGAGGACAUGGUGGAGAUCGCUGGUGCCACGCUGGACUUCUCUAGCACGGAUGACGUGCCCCCUUUGGAUCGCGAUUAUGUCUCAGGCUACACAUCCUACAAUGGUGUGACAGAGGGUGUUAAUGGGGUCCCGAAACUCAUGGACCUGUUGGAUGAACCCCUCCCCGGGGUGGGCACAUACGAGGAUUUCAACACCAUAGACUGGGUGCGGGAGAAGUCUAAGGACCGUGACCGCCAUCGAGAGAUUACAAAUAAAAGCAAGGAGUCAACAUGGGCACUGAUGAAAAGUGUCAGCGAUGCCUUCUCUGGCUGGUUGCUCAUGCUGCUCAUUGGGCUCAUGGCAGGUGCCCUGGCUGGUGGUAUUGACAUCUCCGCUCACUGGUUGACGGACUUGAAAGGGGGAGUCUGUCUUAACGGGUUCUGGUUCAACCAUGAGCACUGCUGCUGGAACUCCAACGAGACCACUUUUGUGGAGCGGGACAAGUGUCCGCAGUGGAAGAGCUGGGCUGAGCUCAUUAUUGGGACUGCUGAGGGGAGCUUUGCCUACAUUGUGAACUAUGUGAUGUAUGUAUGCUGGGCACUGCUCUUUGCCUUCCUGGCUGUAUCACUGGUCCGAGCUUUUGCCCCCUACGCCUGCGGCUCUGGGAUCCCUGAGAUCAAGACCAUUUUAAGUGGGUUCAUCAUUAGGGGUUACCUGGGCAAGUGGACUCUGGUAAUAAAGACAAUAACGCUGGUCCUUGCUGUAUCAUCUGGUCUGAGUCUGGGCAAAGAGGGUCCCCUGAUCCAUGUGGCCUGCUGCUGUGGGAACAUCCUCUGCCAUGUGUUUACUAAGUACCGCAAGAAUGAAGCCAAGCGACGAGAGGUCCUGUCUGCUGCUGCUGCGGUUGGGGUUUCUGUGGCCUUUGGGGCGCCCAUAGGUGGUGUGCUCUUCAGUUUGGAGGAGGUGAGCUACUACUUCCCCCUGAAGACGCUGUGGCGGUCUUUCUUUGCUGCCCUGGUAGCCGCCUUCACCCUGCGCUCCAUCAACCCCUUCGGUAACAGCCGGCUGGUGCUGUUUUACGUGGAGUUCCACAGUCCUUGGCACCUGCUGGAACUGGUGCCUUUUAUCCUGCUGGGCAUCUUUGGGGGGCUGUGGGGUGCCGCCUUCAUCCGCGCCAACAUUGCCUGGUGCCGACGGCGCAAAACCACUCGACUCGGCCACUACCCGGUCCUGGAGGUACUCGUGGUGACGGCUGUGACAGCUGUGCUGGCCUUCCCCAAUGAGUACACAAGGAUGAGCACCAGCGAGCUCAUUUCGGAGCUCUUCAAUGACUGCACACUGCUCGACUCAUCCAAGCUCUGUGACUACAUCAAUGUCAACAUCACCAAAAGUAGCAAUGAGCUGGCAGACCGGCCGGCCAGCACGAAUGUCUAUAUGGCCAUGUGGCAGCUGGCCCUGGCCCUCGUCUUCAAGAUGCUUAUCACUGUGGUGACCUUUGGCAUGAAGGUACCCUCUGGGCUCUUUAUCCCCAGUAUGGCAGUGGGGGCCAUUGCAGGUCGGCUGCUAGGUGUGGCCAUGGAGCAGUUGGCGUACUACCAUCACGACUGGGUCAUCUUCAGGGGUUGGUGUAGCCCAGGUGCUGAUUGCAUCACCCCAGGGCUGUAUGCCAUGGUGGGUGCUGCAGCCUGCCUAGGUGGGGUGACGCGUAUGACCGUGUCCUUGGUGGUCAUUAUGUUUGAGCUAACAGGAGGGCUGGAGUACAUUGUGCCACUGAUGGCAGCAGCUAUGACCAGCAAAUGGGUGGCGGAUGCUAUUGGCCGGGAGGGCAUCUAUGAGGCACACAUUCGCCUCAACGGCUAUCCGUUCCUGGAGGCCAAGGAGGAGUUCAGUCACAAGACUCUGGCUAUGGAUGUGAUGCGUCCCCGGCGUAGCGACCCACCUCUCUCAGUGCUCACGCAGGACAGCAUGACUGUGGAGGAUGUUGAAACCCUCAUCACCGAGACCUCCUACAGCGGCUUCCCGGUUGUGGUCUCCCAUGAGUCACAGCGCCUGGUGGGCUUUGCGCUGCGCAGGGACCUGACCAUCUCCAUAGAGAAUGCCCGGCGUCGCCAGGAUGGCAUCGUGAGCACCUCGCGCGUCUUCUUCACUGAGUACACACCACCCCAGGCACCCAGCAGCCCAGCGCCUCUCAAGCUCCGCUCUGUUAUGGACCUCAGCCCCUUCACUGUCACAGACCACACACCCAUGGAGAUUGUUGUGGACAUCUUCCGCAAACUGGGCCUGCGCCAGUGUCUAGUUACUCAUAAUGGACGGUUGCUGGGAAUCAUCACUAAGAAGGACAUUCUGAAACACAUGGCUCAGAUGGCCAAUCGAGACCCAGAUUCCAUCCUCUUCAACUGAGGCUCCUUUUUGCAGGAGUCCCACUGUGAGUUUUGCAGCACAGAGCCCCUUGAGCUGCCAGCUGGAUAGAACCAAAUUCUUUUUUCUAAAAGGGUGUAUCCAUUGCAGCAUCGCUGGGCAAGGACUGCAUCGUGCUCUCUCUCUCUCACACUCGCUC